AUGGCAGUCCCAAAUGGCACCCGACCUGAGCGACAGAGCGGUAUGUCGAAAGGCGCCAAGCCCAGACUGAUCCGUAAAUUGGGAUGCUUGGAGCUCUACCAGGCGUCGCUGCAUGUCCUGGGCAUGUACUGCGGCACCAGCGUGGCAUGCACCUAUCGCAUUCCCGACAAGAUUGCCUCGACAGGCGAAGAAGCACUCGAGGCCGCUCUCAAUACAGCAAUCGCGCAGACCGUCUUGCAGUAUCCCGUACUACAGGUCGGCAUCUACAAGGAAGAUUCGCGCAGGCCAUCUUACAUGCAACUCGACACCGUGGAUCUAAACCAGCACGUACAAUGGAAAACGCUUGAAUCUGAAGAUGAUGUCGAUGCGGCUGCUCUUGAGACGCUCAUCACGCAGAUAGACACCAAGUUCCACGACAUCGAGGCGCGUCCGCCGUGGCGCAUCACCGUCCUCCGGCGACGGGGCUCGCAGGCAGUUGAAGUCAAUUUCGUGUGGCACCACGCCCUCGCAGACGGCAUGAGCGGCAAGAUGUUCCACGAAACGCUCCUGCGGCAUCUCACGGGCGCCGACGAUGGCUCAGUAACGCCAGGCGAGAGCCGCAUCCUCGAUGUCUCGGGCUCGGCAAAGCGCUUCCCGCCACCAAUGGAGAAGAUGGUCAAGUACCCAGUCUCAUUCGGCUACGUUCUUUCCGAGCUCUGGAAGGAGGUCCGGCCGCCGAAAGCUGGCUCCGCAGCGGAUCAGGUGCUGGCUCACUGGGCGCCAUUGCAACUGCAGCCGCCCGAGACGGAUAUCCGUCGCGUACGAUUGAGCAACGAAAGACUGCGCAUCGUCCUUGCCGCGUGUCGGCAGCAUAAUACAACGCUCACGGGACUGCUCCACGGGAUCAUCGCCGUGGCGCUUUCGUCGUUGCUGAGCAAAAAGCAGGCGCCGGGGUUCCUCGCCAAGACGGCCAUGAACAUGAGGGUGCUUACACCAGCGUCGGGCAGCCUCGUGCCAAAAGAGACCAUGGCGGACAUUGUAUCGGUGGUCGGCCACACGUUUGACCCCGACGCAACGGCUGCCAUUCGCAGCAAGAUCGAGACGGCCGCCUCUGAGUCGUCGGAACAGAGCAGGCGAGGGACGCUUGCGGAGGCGAUUUGGGCCUCUGCGGUCACCGCGCGACAAGACAUCAAGAAGGUGCUCGACCAGGGGACCAAGGACAACAUCAUUGGCGUCAUGGGCUUUGUCCCCGACUGGCGGGAUCACGGCAGGAGCGUGGCGAAGAAGCCGCGAGACUCAGCGUGGGUGAUAACUAACCUGGGGGUUAUCGACGGAGGGUUGAGCGGAGAGGACGGGGGUGCGUGCAUCAGGAGGGACGACAAUUGGCACAUCGAGGGGGGAACAUUCUCGAUCAAUGCGCAGACGACGGGAGCGGCGAUUUCGGUCUGUGUGAUCGCGGUCAAGCAUCGUGAGCUCGUCUUGGAUGUCUGCUGGCAGCGGGAUGUAAUAGACAGCAGGAUAGCGGAGGGUGUGGCCCAGGCCACCGAGGACUGGUUGACAUACUUGGGGACAGACGGGCCGAGAACAUAG